UAACGUUUUACCAGAAUUUGAUGGUAGUCACCACUUACUAGGAACAGUGAAGCCUGCGAGAGAGCUCAAUCAAAGUCUAUGCCUGGUCUUGCAUUAGAUUAGACAAAUAUUAGAGAAAAGAAAGGAACAGUGUGAUGUCUUCUUUGUCUUUAGAAAAUGAAGACAGAGAGGAUAGAGUCUACUACCCCCACAUGGUGUUUGCUGUCAAAAGAAUAUAGACCCCAUUUUCUUAAUCAAAAUCUCCAAGAAAUUAUUAAUAUUGUGAAAAGAAUCAUAAAGAAAAAGGUUGCAAGAAAGAUGCCUACAGACUUCUGUAUUUUAUGUUUAAGUCUCUUUCACAUUUAGUCAAGUCUUCUCGUCGUUUAAUUGCAAGAAGAGGAAGAUUCAGAGGGAGAGGAGGAGAAAGACUUUAAUAGCCAAGUGGGUUCUGUUUUUACUGUUCUUUUCUCGCAUUUAUGCAGAGGAAAACAUGUUUGAGAUGGGUGAGUACUGAGAACUGAGCUAGAAUUCAACAAUCUGAGCUUUUAUGCCAUGAUGGACUCAAAGUCACUCAGGUUCAUCACCCACCAAUCUUUUUUCUCGGCCGUCCGAUCCGGUGACCUUAAAGCCCUGAAAAGGAUUAUUGAUGAGUUGACAAAAGUUGAGCCUCCUGAUGGCUCUUCUUUGGUGUCUGAUCUGAUGGCUAUGCAAAAUGAUGGUGGGGAGACUGUCCUCUAUGUGGCUGCUGAUCAUAAUUUUCAAGAGGUUUUCAGUUACUUGCUUAAAUUUUGUGAUGUUUAUAUUGUGAAGAUCAGGUCCAAGUCUGAUUUGGAUGCCUUUCAUGUUGCUGCUAAGAGGGGCCAUCUGGGAAUUGUAAAGGAACUUUUGAGUGUUUGGCCUGAGCUUUGCAAGUCAUGCGACUCCUCAAAUACAAGUCCCCUUUAUUCAGCAGCUGUGAAAGACCAUUUAGAUGUGGUUAAGGCUAUCUUGGAUGCUGAUGUUAGUUGCAUAAGAGCAGUUCGGAAAAAUGGAAAAACUGCCUUGCACACGGCUGCUAGAUAUGGCCUUGUUGAUAUGGUGAAAACGCUGAUAUAUCAUGAUCCUGGAAUUGUCAGCAUCAAAGACAAGAAAGGUCAAACUGCUCUCCAUAUGGCUGCAAAGGGUCAGUGUCCUUCAGUGGUAGAGGAUAUAUUACAUGCCGAUCACUCGGUACUGACUGAGCGUGACAAGAAGGGUAAUACAGCAGUUCAUAUAGCUACAAGGAAAUGUCGUCCGCAGAUAAUAAACCUAUUGCUUAGUUAUACAUCGAUCGAUGUCAAUUCCAUUAAUUACCAGCGAGAAACUGCAAUGGAUUUGGCUGACAAACUCCAAUAUGGAGAAUCUUCAUUGGAAAUCAAGGAAGCUCUUGUGGAGGUUGGUGGCAAGCAUGCAAGAUACAUUGGCCAAGUAGAUGAAGCUAUGGAACUUAAGAGGACUGUGAGUGAUAUUAAGCAUGAAGUAAGUGUCCAACUCAUACAAAAUGAAAAAACCAAUAGACGAGUUACUGGUAUCGCCAAGGAACUAAAGAAGCUUCACCGGGAAGCUGUACAGAACACGACCAAUUCUAUUACAGUUGUUGCUACUCUCUUUGCCUCGAUAGCUUUUGUGGCAUUAUUUAGUUUACCAGGUCAGUAUAUAAAGGAUGAACCAGAAGCAGGGCAGGCUUACAUUGCUGACAAAGUAGGCUUUCGUGUGUUUUGCCUCUUAAACGCGACAUCCCUCUUCAUCUCUCUGGCUGUUGUGGUGGUUCAGAUCACUUUGGUGGCCUGGGACACGGGGGCUCAGAAGCAGGUUGUUUCGGUAGUUAACAAGCUAAUGUGGGCUGCUUGCGCAUGCACUUGUGGAGCAUUUUUGUCAAUAGCUUUUGUUGUUGUGGGGAAGGGACAUUCCUGGAUGGCUAUCACCAUAACCCUGAUGGGAGCACCAAUUCUUGUUGGGACGCUUGCUAGUAUGUGCUACUUUGUUUUCCGACAACAUUGUGGGUUCUUCCGCAACGACUCUCAGAGACGCAUCAGAAGGGCAAGUGCAAGCAAGUCAUUCUCAUGGUCACUGUACUCGGCAAAUAUAUCUGAUGCUGAUGAAUAUAACUCUGACCUUGAGAAGAUUUAUGCUCUAUAAACAAUAACAGAAGGCAGACUUCUGUGGUUUUAUUUUUUCAGCUGCACAGGCUCGCGUUUGCUAGUGUUGCUCUACAUAAAGCUAAGUGGUCAGUAGAAUUUGAAGCACUACUCAACUAGGGUUGGUUUUCUAUCCGAGCAGCUUGUUGAAAGCUAAGGAUUGAACUCAUUUUUAUGGAAUGAGCUAAAUUCGAACCAAGCUAAGGGUUGGUUUUCAAUCUUAAAUUAAUCUCGAAAGGAUUCUUUUGAUUUUGAAAUUGAGCCUAUCUCAAGGAGGGCUUUAUUGGGACUUUUGAAUUCAAUCCAAACCCUAUAAUCAAUAAAAUUAUGGAUUUGUGUAGCAA